AUGCGGGGGAUGGAGGGCUGUCUUCGCGCUUUUGGGGGACGGCAACAAGGCGGGGAGAUAAUUGCCUCAUGCGACAGGCUGGUCUACCUGCAGCCGCACAACACCGUCAUUAUCAAGCACAUGGAAUUUGAUCCACGAGGCUGCACCAAUUCCUUUUCUCGAUCACAAUCGUUUUCUACAACCGCGUGGUCCACUUUUCUUUCGUUGGAUUCCCUCACUGGCACCAAGCCGGCAGGAUCACUGCACACCCCUGUUCUGCUUCGCGAUCCAUCAGCAGUAUUUCAGUCAGCGAGCCUGUUUCCCUCUGAGGUGUCGCCUUCAGGCGUCAUUUGCGAAGGUUCUUCCUCCCUUGCCUCUGGCCGUGGAAAUCUCUUUGAACUCGCUAAUUUUACAUAUGGAAGAAGUAGCCGGCGUUCGCCUGAGUUGGCGCCCAGCGAAACGCGUCGACAGCCCAGGGAGAUGACGGAGGUACCCUGCGUCACCACCAGCAGCCUCGAGGACGAGGGCGGUGUGCUGCCGAUCACUCGAGCUUAA